GAAUAGCAGCUGGGAGCUAUUUGUAACACGUGACUGAAGAAGCUUGGUGUUUCAUUUUCUCGCUGCAGCAGCCAUCAUCUCCUCACUUAAUUCAAAUCCAUUCUGCAAAAAAAUAAAAGUAAGAAGCGGAAAAACCCGGACUGGUCAUGGACAGUCACAGGAAUAACUCAAGGGAAUAAUUUUUUGCUUCCCUUUACUAUUUUCCUCCCCUAAUAGAAUCAGGUGAUAUUGACUGGCACCCCCUUUGACCCAGUCUCCUAACAACUUGCUGACAACCACCAACUGAUUUGGAGGAUAAGGUGGUGGAGGCGGAGUUACUGGUUUUUAUAGAGGACAAGUGGGCAACUUGAACAUGGGGCAGAAAGUUCCAGGAGGGAUAAAGACAGUAGAUAUGAGGGACCCGGCUUUCAGACCUCUCAAGCUUGAGCUGCAGGCUCUUGAUUACAGCAAGUCGGCACGAUUGGACAUGCUGUUAGACAUGCCGCCUGUUCCUCACGCUGUGCAGAUACUGCACUCGUGGAACAACGAUGACCGCUCCUUAAACAUUUUCGUAAAAGAGGAGAACCAGUUAAUAUUUCACCGGCAUCCGGUGGCACAGAGCACAGAUGGGAUCAGAGGUAAAGUAGGAUACACCAGAGGACUUCACGUGUGGGAGAUCUGCUGGGCAAUGCGACAAAGAGGCACGCAUGCGGUAGUGGGAGUUGCAACGUCGGAAGCUCCUUUGCAUUCAGUAGGAUACACGGCACUAGUUGGGAAUAACCAUGAAUCCUGGGGCUGGGAUCUCGGGAGGAACAAACUGUGCCACGACGGCAAGAAUCAACCAAGUAAAACGUACCCAGCGUUCCUGGAACCCGACGAGACUUUCAUUGUACCAGAUUCCUUGUUGGUGGUGUUGGAUAUGGACGAGGGGACGCUCAGUUUUAUUGUGGACGGACAAUAUUUAGGAGUUGCUUUUGCGGGACUGAAGGGUAAAAAACUCCACCCUGUAGUAAGUGCUGUCUGGGGACACUGUGAAAUCCGAAUUCGAUACAUAAAUGGACUUGAUCCUGAACCACUGCCGCUGAUGGACCUCUCUCGUCGUUCGGUGCGGGUCGCCCUAGGGAAGGAACGCUUGAAUGAAAUCCAUGCACUCCCCUUGCCAGCAUCCCUUAAGAACUAUCUACUCUACCAAUGAUUGGCGUGCCUGCGGUAGAACCAACUGGACUGUGCGGGAGACGGGAGACUGGAACCAGAAGCCGCUGUCCCUCGACAAUUUGCUUGUCUGUUAACCAGAUUCCCCCCCCCCCUGCUACUUUUCCUUGUCUUCAUGUAUUUCUUAAUUAUUACAAUCCUUGUGCUGGCUUUUUGUUGUGGCUUGCGUCAAACCUAUGGAUUUUUUUUUUUUUAAACAAAUUUGGGCUCAACAGUUAACUGCUGUGGAGCCUGAAAACAGAACUGUGAUGGCAUCCAUGUCUGUUUGUAACUGAGAAAUGGGUUACUAAGAUUCCAGUUUGUGGGAGGGGGGGGGGGGGGUACAUUUUAUCACCUUUUUAAAUGGGGCUACUUUUAUUUGGGGUGUCAUUUUACAAUCCAGUGAGAAACCAGAGGGACUGUUGGCAAUGUGUUUUUGUGGAUUCCAGUCAAUGAGUAGUUGGUUAGUGUCUAUCGAUAUGGUUCAUCCUGGCGUUGCAUUUGAAACUCAAUAUUCCAUGUAGCGCCUGCUAUUUUAAUGGUCCUUUCAAACCUCUUGAUUCAUUCUCGAGUGGUAGGGUUUCCUCCCAGUUUUAAAACCAUUAAUUUUUUUUUGAGCUUUUGGAAAGUAUACUAAUCCUGCAAAUUUGGUUUUAUUUUUUUGAACACAUGGUCUAGUUCCAGAAAGUUGCUUUGCCAAAUAGUUCUGCUUAUUUUUAUUGCUUUGUUGCGUGGAACUCAAAUAUUGCCCCAUUUGGAAGCCAUGUGGCUUCUCUUUAUUAGAACAGCUAGUGCAGAUAUACUGGAGUUGAGGAAUUUCUUCCAGGUCCAUCUAAUUCUAGGGGCAUGAACACCAAUGGAAAGCCUGGAAAAGGAGCUACUCUAUGUGAAUAUUGUCUUGCCCUGUGAGCUCAUUGGGUCACCUACAGAGCAAUGUUGGCUCUUGCAAUAUGCAAGCUCUAUUUAAGGGGAAGGAGGUUGUAUUGGCUAGUUAAACAAGUUGCAUUCUGGAAGUUGAGAUGCCUCGGAAGUAGCCCCAUGAUUCUGGUAUGCUGCAGGGCUCUUCAGUGCUUAGCUUUGUAUUGGAAUGCAAGUUAUUUCGUUAUGGUGCCUGUGUGGUAGACACUACAACUAACUCAUCAAUCAGGAAUCCUUCUGCCCGAUCUUAAGAAUUUUAAAAAUAAAUCAAGCACACUUGGAUGGUCUAUCUGAACACUUCAACAAAUUAAAUUUGCUACCGAAAUUUGUUUUUAACUGUGCCUGUAAGGAGGUGCAAGGUUUUUAAUUUUGGCACAAAAGGAUUUAAAAGGUCUAUGUAUGUCAAGCUGCUGUAGAGUGGGGAGUUUGAUACCCCUUUCUGCAAGGGUCCAGACUGGUUCAACGACAAGAGAUUUUGAUAAGACUAUUGGGUCCAAAAACCAACUUAUUUUAUUACUGUCCUGCAGACCUUUUAAUUGGCUGUGCCGGUUUCCCAGGGAACAGGUGAGAAGUUGCACAGAUGAUCCUGUGUCUGUAUCCUUGUUGUAUUGUCACCACUGUGAAUCCUCCGUGUUUGUCCGGUUGCUAAGCUUGUACACAGUCCUGAUUUUCCAGUUCCAUACUCUGUCGUUUUCCAAGCCUGUACAGUUGGAGCUUUUUAAUUUCCUUUUUAUUCUAUGUUGUAGAUAAUGUUCGUAACUAUCUAAUAAAGUUUAUUAUAAAUUAA